UCCCUCGCCUUUCCCAAAUUAGCGCCACCGCCCACCACCACCUCCUCGAAUCCCGCCACCACCGCCUCCUCCCGGGAACGAAGCCGGGCUGCCCUCCCGCCCAGCCUUAUUACCCCGGGGCCCCCGGCCGCUCCCCACCGGCUCGCGCCCAGACCCCCUCCGCCGCCGCCUCCCGGAUCCGCCGCCGCGUCGGGGAGGAGGAGGAGAUGGCCGCCGCCGCCGUCGCCUGCAGGCGCGCCCUGCUCCUACACGGCCAGCACCAGUGGGCGCAGCAGCGGUGGGCGGCCGCGCCCUGCAACGCCCGCAGCAUCUCGCAGCUCGUCAAGACCAACGGUCGCCGCGCCUUCCUCGUCGACACCCUCGCCCUCGUCAGGAAGCUGGAGUCGCAGGGCGUGCCGACCAAGCAGGCGGAAGCGAUCACCUCCGCCAUCACGGAGGUCCUCAACGACAGCCUUGAGAGCAUCUCCGAGUCCUUCGUCUCCAAGGCCGAGAUGCAGAAGAGUGAGAUGCUGCAGGAGUCCAAUAUCUCCAAGUUCAAGUCGCAAGUGCAGAGCUCGCAGGAAAACCAUUUCUCUUUGCUACAGCGGGAGACUGAGAAACUUCGUGGAGAUAUUGAUAAGAUGAGGAGUGAGCUGAAGUAUGAGAUUGACAAGGUCACUGCAGGGCAGCGGCUGGAUCUGAACCUUGAAAGAGGGCGCAUACGUGAUGAACUUGCCAAGCAGAAUGAGGAAACCACUGAGCUUACCACAAAACUUGACAAGGAAAUUCACUCGCUGAAGGCCCAGUUGGAGGCAGCAAAGUAUGAUGUUAUCAAAUACUGCAUAGGUACCAUUGUUUCGAUAUCAGCUGUCGGGCUUGCCGUUCUCCGCAUCGUUAUGUGAAUCAAGCGAAUACGUUCUUUCAUUUACCCAAAUUCAUCGGUGGAAACCCGCUAGAAGAGGAUAGGUUUUGAUUCUGUUCCUAGUUUUUGGAGGGGACAAAACGUGCUCAGGGGAAAUGUUGUAACACCUGGUAGGGAGAUGCUGCCCAAACUUGUAAAUUAGAUCGCUUGUGGAAGAAUGCAUCCGAAAUGAUUCUUUACCUGUGCGCGAGCCUACCAUUGUGGGUUAAUAUACUGGCUUCUGCUCUGCUGAAGCCAUCGCUGCGUGGACCUGUCCUGUGGGAUCCUUAACUGUGUUGAACCUCAUUAUUGUGGUCGUGGCACUCUAGUGCCAGCAUCUUGGGCUCCA